AUGACUACUGGGCCCACGCUGACAGAGAUUCAGCUGCCUCCAAAAGAUUCGAAUCUGGCCAGCACGGGCAGCCGCCUCCUCUCCAAGAUCGCAAGAUCGCCCACCACUGCCCACAGACACAGACCAGUACCGAGUCAAGGGUCCGAUUAUUUGCCCGAUACGCUGUCACCCGCUUCCGGUUACACGCAAGGAGCGAUAAACUCGAGGAGAAACCAACCCCGACCAGGGUUUCAACGUCAGAUCUCGGCUCCUGACACGUCGGUACUACGCCUAUUGCCUGGCAAGAGUGUCGAGCCCAAACAUCACAGUGAUGCUUCGGCAGAAAUAGCUUUGCAGGCCAAAGCCAUGUUGCAGAGACAACCAACCAACAAUGCUCCUAUCCAUACCACAACUACUGUCUCAGCAAAAGGGUUGGCGCAGGCAAGCAUGUUCUCAGCACCUCCUGUGAGCGAGUACUACGUCCCUGCCGGCCAGAGUGCUGCGCAAAACUCUCAGGUCACGGUCAAUUACAUGUACCAGCAGUUAUACGAGAUGUCGCAGAAAAGAAUAGCAACGUUACAGUACAUGCGCAGAGCACACGAAGGCUCAACUUUCUGGUUCAAUACCGUACAUUUUUCGAAAAGCGAUGUCUCAAGGUUGCCCUCGUAUACGCCCAGUCGACUGGCUAAAAGGGCCAUGAAUUGCUUCUUGCUUGGAAUCUCGAUACCUGCGGUACUCGACAUACACCAGAUGCCCCAUCCGAGCAGCUCGCCUCACACGAACCUUGCUGCAGCAACGGAAUAUCUCAAGAGUUUGAACAAUCUGCUUGCGGAGUUUGAGAGUUACCAGGAAAGACACCCUACGGAUGGCACUCAAGCUGGCUCCCUGAGUCGAGCCAGACUGCCGAGCAUGUUCAAGAGGUCAGGGACAACGAGCAGACCAAGGAAGUCCUCAUCUGCGCCAUCGAUCGAGAUUGGUGCUCAGAUUUCACCACCCGCCGUACCGGAUACUCCCUACCAUCCAGUGCAGCAUUCUUCGCAUCCUAGCCUCGACACAACCGCCACGACCUCUAUCAAUACCAGCUUCAAUUCCACUACCUCGACUGCGCCCACUCUCAAUAGCCAGGCGUCUUUCGGCUCAGCAAUGGCACCAUCGAUGAACGAUUUUAGCGCUACAGCAACAUUCCCUUCAGCUGGUCCAACAGACGCACCUAACUCGACUCUACUGCCUAACGAAGCAUUGUAUACAUAUCUACUUACACCACCAUUACCAUUUGCGCCUGAUUUCUACACCGUUUUUGCAACACUUUGUGACGUCCUAAUAGAUACAUAUCAGCGGAUAUUGCAAAUUAUCAAUGGACCCGGAGUCUGCUCAGGUACAGUGUCUGAACUCUUCACAAAGGCUGAUGCUAGAAUCAGGAAAGUUAUGGUGAGUGGAAUUGUUAGAGACUACGAAGGCGCGGCCAGGGAGACUGCCAAAAAAGAGCUGAACGGUAUACAAAAGGUUGUGCUCGGUGGGCUGAUGGGCUGA